AAAUGAUCAAUUCACUUCCCAAUGAAAUACUGUUCGAGAUUUUUUCCCAUAUGAAUAUUCAAGAAAUAUAUAAACUUGGUGAAGUAUGUCGUUUAUGGAGGCAAUACCGAAACAAGGCUAUCGUAUAUAAUAUUGAACAAUCGAAAUUGCUUAUAUGUACUUCGCCCAAGUUUCAUUUAAAAAACACUUUUGAUUUAUCCAUUUCUUCAUAUGAUGAUUCUACUGGUCUUUUGGAUUUCAAACCUACUUGUUCAUCCACAAGUUUCAACGUCGGAGAAUGUCAAGGUUUACGAAUGGUAUUGGAUAUCUGGCAACAUGAGUCAAAUGAUGUGAUUCCACAGACUUGUUUGGAUCAACUUAGUCCUGCUCUCACUGCCCAAUAUGUAUUUCAUUAUGAUUAUAUAUUAUCACAGCAAAGAAUGUAUCUUCUUCCUCACCUUAAUCAUCUAUCUAAUAGUUACUGCUGGAUUGGUGAUGUAUCUUCUGGAGCAUUCAUUUUACUUGAAAAGGUUGAUAUUCAUCUUGGUAUUGUCCGAAUUGUGCAAGCACGAGUAUCUAUUGAAUGGAUUUUAUCUGGUUACCGGCGAUCUAAGUUUAAUGAUAAAAAUCAUCAACAUCAAAUGAUUUUUAAUUCAAUCAGUAUGGAUUCUUAUGUUCUAUGUGAUUCAUCCACUGGAACUAUAUUGCAGAGUAAUAGUAGUAGUAGUAGUGAUGGAAAUAAUUUGGAUCAUCAAUCUACAUCUAUAGGACGUUGGCAGCAAUUACAUCAACAACUUAUUCUUCGUAAUAUCAAUCCAUCAUCUAUUUGGAAAUACCAUGUGGCAAAAAUGUUUGUCAUAGGAAAGUCAGAAGUGACCCUGAAUGACAUUGUUACAAAAAUAUAUCUUGGAGAAAAUGAUUGGAAAAACGCAAAGUCAGAAUUACUAAAGGCAUUAUUUCCUCAUCAAUAUCAAUCAUCGCCAUCAUCAUCAUCAUCAUCAUCAUCAUUAUUCUUUAAAAAUAGUUUUAUUAGUAUGUUCAAUACAAUGGUCAAUAAAAACAUAUGAUGCUAAUUUGUAGUUGAAAA